AUGGAACAAGUGACCAUCAUACCACGACAGCGCCUCGAACGCCUCGACUUACUGGGCGGUUCCACCCGACCUCUCAUCCCGCCCCAACGAACUACCCUUCCCCUCUGGCUCGCCAUCCUGCUUAAACGGCAACGUCGCGCAAACGUCAUGCCCCCGCCCUGGCUCUUGGUCGAGAGCCUUCAAGACAUCCUCGAAACCGAGACACACAAGGAUUUUAUAGAGUCACUUUCUCCCCCGCCAUCGAUACCAGCCCAGCGACAGACGGAUUACGCAGGAAGGGCAUUCUACACGACUCCGCCAUUUGUAGAGUCCUGUACGGUGAACGCUGUCCCCACUGCACUCCCAUAUCAUUGGUUUGAGGUGUCGGAGAUACUUUUGGAGGCUGCGAGCGAUGAUAUCCCCGAAUCAGACAAAGUACGGCAAUUGUUGAGGGACAUACGCGAAGUUCGGCUCGCGAAGAUGCGAAAACAGGUAGAGCGUCUGUCCGGCGACGGGGAAGGCACCCGGCUGGACGGGGUUGGCGCCAUGGAGGUCUCCGAGUCCAGAGGAUUCAUGGCUGGGGUGGUGGAUGGGUUGCGAAAACUUGAUGCAAGUAGAGAACAGGAGCGCCGGGAACGCGAAGAAGCAGAGCGGGACAACCAGAGAUAUAACGAUGACGACGAUGAUGAUGACAUGACCUGA